AGGAUUAUCUCCCCUUUGUACUUUGUAGAAAAGUUUGAAGAGCAGGGAUGGAAGGUUUGGUUUGCAGACCCUGAUAUGGAGCACCGUAUGAUGGUCAAUCAAAAAGGAGAAGCCAUCCUCUCAUGCAAGGUGUUUGUCACUGUGAUCACAGACACCUCGGCCAAAGAUACCCAGUGUCAAGAUGAGCUAGCGCUGGCCUAUAUUUCCAACUCCUCUGUAUUCCCAGUCAGUCUCAAGAAAUACAGAGAAAUCGGCCCAGUGCUUGAUGGAGGAAUGAAGUUAAUGUUAGCAAAGAUCAACUGGACCUUCUUUUUCAAAGAAGAAUUAUUUGUGCAGAAUAUGCCAGCUUUGUUGAGUUCCAUAGGGAAGGUUAUUGAAGAAAAGACAGAAGAAAUCACAGCACCCGAGUCGUUUGAUGAUGGUACAAUCCAGUUCCAUGGUAUGAAUAUAAAUGUCCACGACAAAUUAAAUGAUGAUUCAGAGGGAGAGGAGGAGGAAGAUGAAGAGGAAUCAUCAACCAAUAAAUCUGAACAAGUCCAGAAGUCAGACACUAGCAUGCUGAGCUAUGACUUCUGGGAUAGAUGCUUCGGGGAGAAGACUGAGGUAACCUGGGUGGAGUUUAAGAAGAAGUUUGAGGUUGAGUACAGGGAAAAGAUUGUAAAGACAUACACAGAGGAAGAGUGGAAGCUGUUUCUGAACUUGAUCUACAAAGAUAUUUUUAUGCUGAACAAAACCAUGAAGAAGGCAACCUAUGACCAGUUCUGUGAGGGAAACCCCUCGGCUGAUCCCCACCGGUUCUACCAUCGACUGGCUCAGUACGCCAAAGGCUACCACGCCAUGAGGGAAGUCUUCAAUAUGGACAGUACACUCAGACUCAUCACUAUACAGAAGCUAGGAGAGUUCUGUUUCCCAGCUGUUAUUAGUGGACUCACAGACAUGUUAAAGGAUGAGGACUCAAACAUCAGAGCAAUAGCCACAAUAGCCCUGGCCAAGUCAGGGAGAGCCCAGAAGACGACUGUGGAGAAGAUAAUUGGGAUGUUGGAAGAUGUUGACAGACUGGUCAGAGAGAGUGCCUGUCUCGCUCUGGGAUACCUAAAGGCAGGGGGCAAAAGCGAACAAGCAGUUGCCGAUCGAUGGAGGAAUGAUCCAAUUAAAUCUGUGAGGGAGGCAGCAGAAAUAGCACUGAAGAGAAUGGGAGGAGACUUGGCCAAAAAGUGUAUCCACAUCACAGAUGUUCUGUCCUCAGAAAUGCAGUUCCUAAAGACCCCCAUAUCCUAAGGGUCCAUCAGUACGGGAAUAUCUACAUUCCUUUUCCAACUGUUUUACUAAAUUAUCUUAUAAUUUAUAGUCAGUUCUUACUUUGAAACUUCAUUUGUAGCAACUUGAUUGCUGUUGAGGCUUUACAAUGUUUCAAAGAAAGUAGUCGGCAUUAUAAAGCUUCUUGUAUAGUAGAUAUGUAAAAGUUUCAAAAGACAUUUUAGGUUGGGCAUUAUUUUUAAUACCAUCUUGUAGGCCCCUAUUUAUAUUUAUUUCAAUCAUGUCUUCAGGGGUUUGGUUUGUUUUUCAUACAGCCAUAAUAAGCAGUGGGAGUAAAAGCAUGCAAUAUUCUAUAUUUUUGUCUUUUUUUUAUUUAUAUAUUUUUCCAUAAUUGCUUUCUACCAAGGUUACUGUACAAGACAUUCCUGUGUUGUGUAAAAAUUUCCAAUCACAUCCGUCCAUUCAUAAGAACCUUAUUUUAUUAAUUUGUCACACUAUGAUAUUUUUGUCACAUUAUGAUAUUUUUCAAAGAAUGAGUCAUAUAUUUGUACAUUGCUUU